AUGACCAACGACACACACGAGGUGGACGAGAGCAGCCUCAAACUUCGUUGGCCACAGUCCCUGACGGUGAUAUCGAAAUACUGCAGCAAUACAGAACCCAAUCAAGUUGAACAGCCGGAACCUUCCCAGCGCCGUCUUCCCGCAAUCAUUCUCUUGAGCCGGGCUUUCUCUCAAGCGGAGAACCAAUAUCUGUACCAGCGCCUGCCCAUUCGCCAGCCGCCUACAGUGAGGACCGCCUUGGGUCACAUUCGACAGCUACCCGCUCUCUACCACGACCUGACUGAAGGAACGAGAUCAAGGCUUGGCUUGAUGGAAGGGAGGGAACAGGAAAGGGGCGAGAGGCUUGUUGCACUCGCAGAUAACCUGGCAAGGAGCUACGGAGAGUUAGUCGUCUGCCUACCUGAGCGGGACAUCGAGGGUAUCAUCAGGCGGAACAGGAGCGAGAAGAGAAUCAGUAAGUUUUGGGAAAGGGUGCUGGAGGAGAUCGAGGUGACCGACUCGCGAGAACGACCUACACCACCGAGGGGUGCCCUCCAGCGACAGGAUACCGGCAUAGGCAACGCCCCCGCCCGACCUGCGAUGCGCUUCAUCUCCGUCGACAAUGUCCUCCAGCACGCCUACGACAUCCCCUCGGGCCAGCCUCGAGUGCAACCACCACAGAGCCAGCCUCAACCCCAGUCCCAACCACAAACCCCAACGCAACGUCUUGGCAAUGGGCUCGCAAAUGCUAGACGCCCUAGCGCAGGGUUGCCCAACCUGCAGUCCAGGACGGGCGGGCAGAACAUGCCGUCGCGCACCACCAAGAUCAGCGAGAAGCUCGUUCUGUUGCCCGAGACAGACGAGAAGCCAGGCUCCGACGAGGAUCUGGAGGAGGAGGCGACUAAGAUGGCGAGGCAGAUUGAGAUGGAAGAGAAUAGGCCGCUGCGCGACGAGGAGCUGGAUGUGCUGCGCAAAAGGGGCGGCAUCCGAGGCAAGAGUUACGCGGAACGUCUUCCCAAGGUCCAGCGUAGGGAGAAGCUGGCUAGGCUGACGGCGUAUUGUACGGCACAAUCUUACAAGAUGAAGUCGACGGCAGAUUUCCUGCGAACCAAACACGACGCCAAGACGAAGCUUUACGACGACUGCCUGUACGUCGUAUACUCGCUGCCUCUCCUGAACGGCACUGAGGGCUAUCGCCUUCGCAGCCGGCCAAUCGUCAAGACGCCCGGAAGCGGCAAGACGGUCCUGGACAUGGAGAUUGAGCGGAGUGAGCAGCGUGAUUACCACGAGGGCUACUUUGAAGACUCCAUCUACAACGGCAGUCCUGUCAACGGAAGCCCUAUGAACAGCAACGGCGGAUUUGGCGACGAGUCCUCAUCCCCACGCAACCACAGCGAGCAAUCCCCUGACGACCCAAAUCUGUCACCAAUGGCGCGGAUUCCGGACGCAAAGGCCUUUGCUGAGAUGUUCCUCUUCUCUUACGGUGUCGUCGUCUUCUGGAACUUUACGGAGCACCAGGAGAAGGACAUCCUUGCGGAUCUGACCUUUGCCCAAAACGAAAACGGGCUCUCGCUGCUCACCCGCCCGCUGGACGAGGAGGACUUUGAGACGGAGGAAUUCCACUUCGAGUACAGCCACGACGUGAAGCGGCCGCGCAUCUUCAACGACAUGAUCACCCUGCUGCCGCGCAGCGACCACAUGGUGAAGCUGACCAUUAGCCACGCCAUCGCGCAGAGCACAAAGUUGUGUCUGUUUGAAGAGCGCAUGAGCGAGACGAUGCUCGACGCGCAGCACGUUCCCAAGACGCUAGCUCUCACGGGCGAGCUCAACAUGACGAGGACGGAGAUUGUCAAGAUCCUGGGCCGUUUGUUCAAGAGCCGUGUUGACAUAAAUCUUUCAUCCAACAUUCUCGACGUCCCCAACUUCUUCUGGGACUCCGAACCCACCCUACAUCCCCUCUACGUCGCCAUCCGGGAGUACCUCGAAAUCGAUCCGCGCAUCAAGGUCCUCAACGAGCGCUGCCGCGUCUUCCUCGACCUCGCCGAGAUCCUGUCCGACUCGGUGGCUGACGCCAAGAUGAGCUACAUCACCUGGAUCAUCAUCGUCCUGAUCGUCAUCUCUAUCCUCGUCACCGUUACCGAGGUCGGUCUACGCUUCGGCAUCCUGUCCAAGAACAACGGCAAGGGUCCUGGCGAGAUUGGUGGUGGUGGUGGUGGUAGCGGCGGCGAUGCUGUGCCCUUGAUUGGUGGCGGGUCCUCGUCCUUGCCGGGGAGUGUCAAGUGGGAGCUCGAGAAGAGGAACGUGAGCGUCGACGAGCUGAGGUUGUGGAGUCGGAUGCUUAGUGAGGAGGAGGAUAAGCAGCGCUCGUCCGAGGUUGUCGGGAGUCAGAUUGUCGGCAAGACUUUUGCUGGCGUCUGA